AUAAAUGAGUUGAAAAAUAAUUUUAACUUUAAUUUAUACAAAUCGCUUUACCGGUUAAUAACACAACAAGUGAAACGGAAAAAUUAAAUUUAUAAUAAAAUAUAAUUUCAUCAUUUUUUUUACAAAAAAAAAUCAAAAACAAGAAUCUAAAGAAAAUAUGUCAAUGUUUGGAGCAGAAUUUGAACAGAUAUGGCCCAAAGCCGGUACACAAUUAAAAUUAAGCGAAUUCGGACGUAAACUAUUAAAACAAUGUGAAACGAUAAAAAAGCCAGAGAACAAAGAAGUUGAUAUAAAUGAAUUUAAAAGAAAAUCUUCAAAUUUUCCUUUAGAGUUUGGCACAAAUACCUGUCGUGUUUUAAGCCAACCGAAGGAACGUUAUCCUUUUAUACAAAAACAAAUUGCCUCCGCCUAUCCUGUCAUACAUGAAAGAGUUUUACAAUUGUAUUUGGAUUUCUUGGAACAUAAAUGUACAUAUGGACAUCCUCUGGAAAAACAACUCUAUCCACAACUAUCUCUAACCGAUUUUGUGCAACGUUUACUAAACAAACGUUGUGUGACGUUUAUGGGAUCCGAUGACUAUUAUCUUUUAAUGUCAGGUCAAAAAGGUACAGCCAUAAAUAAUUAUGUUAAAGUUGGAACACCUGAAGAAAAGGAGCCCUUAAUUUUUAAAAAUGUACUCUCGUACGAUGAAGCCAAGCUUUCAGCCUUUUUAUCGGUUACCUCUCUAACGGAGCUAAUCAACGAUGGUAGUCGUAAUAAUAAUGGUGUUAUAGAGAAAAAUUUUAAGUCCAUCGAAAGAGAAGGUGUUGUAGUGGGUAUUAUAGGUGCUAGAUUUGAAAAGCCUAUGGUUAUGGAAUAUCAAGAUAUUUUAAUAACUAAGGAACAAAAUCAAGAGAAAAGAGGUUAUGGUUUUAAUGCUGAAAAGAUGAACAUAGCAGAAGUUAAUGGCGAAAUGAAAAGAUUAAUGGAAUACCGAAAAUUAUGGCAAAAAUUUUACGAAAGCAACGAUUUCUUAUACUCCCAAGUACCGGGCAAUAAUACAAGAUUUACUACUUUAACAGCGGGCAAAUUUGACAAUGUUUUAAUGAAGAAACGUUAUGCCAUUACCUUUGAUACCUUACUGCUAGAGGGCCAGGCGAGAGCGGAGAAAUUAAAGAAACAAGCCUAUAUACAUAUAGUAGGCAUAGGUUUAGGGGUGUGGAAGAUAUCUGGAGAGCAAACUAAAAUCUUUUUAGAAUGCUUUAACGAACGUGUCAAAUAUCUAAUGCCGCAACUAAAUAAUAUUGGUGCCCUACAUUUCUCCUGGUUCCAUAUGACCGAAUGGCGAGAUUUGAAACAUAAUGGUUUUAUCGAAUCUAAAACACAUCCUUCAUAGACUGCAGUCUGGAUCAUAGACUAUUGUAUAGACCAUAGUCUGGAAUAUGGACCAUUGUCUGGACUAUAGACCGUAGUCCGAAAUAUGGACCAUAGUUUAGACUAUACACUGUAAUCUGGACUAUAGACUAUAGUAUGGACU